CUGCUGGCCGGGGCCAGCUGCCUGUGCUACGGCGGCUCGCUGCGCGGCGAGUUCGUGCACGACGACGUGUGGGCGAUCGUGAACAACCCAGACGUGCGGCCCGGGACCCCGUUACGUUGGGCCGUCUUCACCAACGACUUCUGGGGCAAGGGCCUGGCGGACAGCACCAGCCACAAGUCCUACCGGCCGCUGUGCGUUCUGUCCUUCAGGCUGAAUAUAUUUCUGACGGGCAUGAACACUUUUUACUUCCAUGCAGUGAACGUCAUUUUGCACUGCCUGGUGACCCUUGUGCUGAUGUAUACCUGCCAUAAAACUGUCUUCAAGAGCCGCGGGCUUGCUUUUGUCACGGCCCUGCUUUUUGCGGUGCACCCUGUUCACACCGAGGCGGUGGCUGGCAUUGUGGGCAGAGCUGAUGUGUUAGCAUGUCUUCUGUUUCUGCUGGCCUUCCUCUCCUACAAUAGGAGUCUGGAUCGGGACUGUGCAGGGCAGUGCUUCCCAGCCACAGCCUCUCCCUUCUUCCUGAUGCUCAGCUUGUUUCUGGGGACCUGCGCCAUGCUGGUGAAAGAGACGGGCGUCACUGUGUUUGGAGUGUGCUUGGUUUAUGAUCUCUUUUCUCUCUCCCACAAGCAAGACAAGUCGAGCAAUGAGGCCAUCCAUCCACACGGCCCUCGGCAGCCGGGAAGCUCCCAGCCCACCUCUCAGCCGGCCCACCCCCACCGAGAGAGCAGGAAACAGCGUUUCCCCCACAAAGAAGCUUGGGGCACCUGCCACUCCCCACUGCCGCCGGAGCCCAAGAACAGUGGAUUCCCGGUGUCCCCACGAGCUGUGUGGGCCCUGAUGAGGUGUCUGACAGCAAGCAGCAACAGAAAUUUCCUGCUUGCCCUGAGACCAUUUUUAAAAAGGGCCAUUCUGGUCAUAAGUUAUGUGACUGUCAUUCUGUACUUCCGCCUGUGGAUAAUGGGAGGGACUAUGCCCCUCUUCUCAGAGCAGGAUAACCCGGCCUCAUUUUCGCCUUAUAUCCUAACAAGGUUCCUAACCUAUUCCUACCUCCUGGCCUUCAACGUGUGGCUUCUGCUGGCCCCCAUCACCCUGUGCUAUGACUGGCAGGUGGGCAGCAUCCCUCUCGUGGAAACCAUCUGGGAUGUGAGGAACCUAGCCACUGUCCUUCUGGCCAUCGUGAUGGGCUUGCUGAGCCUGCACUGCAUGGCUGCCUUCAAGAGGCUGGAGCACAAGGAAGUGUUGGCCGGCUUGCUGUUCCUCGUGUUCCCGUUCAUUCCAGCCAGCAACCUCUUCUUCAGGGUGGGCUUCGUGGUGGCCGAGAGAGUCCUGUACAUGCCUAGCAUGGGCUACUGUAUCCUCUUUGUGCAUGGCCUGAGCAAGCUGUAUGCUGGGCUGAGCCGCUGCGGGGCCACGUCUCUGAUGGUGUCCAUGGCGCUGCUGCUCCUGCUCUUCUCCUGGAAGACGGUGAAGCAAAAUGAGAUUUGGCUGUCGAGAGAGUCCUUAUUCAGAUCUGGAGUUCAGACUCUGCCCCACAAUGCCAAGGUUCAUUACAACUACGCCAAUUUCCUGAAGGAUCAAGGUCGAAACAAGGAAGCCAUCUACCACUACAGAACCGCCCUGAAGUUGUAUCCACGCCAUGCAAGCGCCCUGAACAACCUUGGGACGCUCACAAAGGACACUGCUGAGGCAAAGAUGUACUACCAGAGGGCGCUCCAGCUUCACCCGCAUCACAACCGCGCACUCUUCAAUCUCGGGAACCUGCUGAAGUCCCAGGAGAAAACGGAAGAAGCAAUUGUGUUGUUGAAAGAAUCCAUUAAGUACGGUCCAGACUUCGCUGAUGCCUACUCGAGCUUGGCUUCCCUACUGGCUGAGGAGGAAAGAUUUCAGGAAGCUGAGGAAAUCUACCAGGCUGGAAUAAAGAACUGUCCGGAUAGUUCGGACCUACACAACAACUACGCAGUUUUCCUGGUUGACUCUGGUUCUCCAGAGAAGGCCGUGACUCACUACCAGCAGGCCAUCCAGCUCAGCCCGAGCCAUCACGUGGCCGUGGUGAACCUGGGCCGGCUCUACAGGUCCCUGGGAGAGAACAGCAUGGCUGAAGAGUGGUACAAACGCGCCCUGCAGGUGGCCCGCACGGCUGAGGUAUUGUCACCUUUGGGAGCGCUGUAUUACAACACCGGGCGGCACAAGGAGGCUUUGGAAGUGUACCGGGAAGCUGUAGCCCUCCAGCCUUCACAGAGGGAGCUCCGCCUGGCACUGGCACAGGUUUUAGCAGUGAUGGGUCAGACCAAAGAAGCUGAAAAGAUGACCAGUCGCAUCCUGUUGGAGGAGCCCAGAUGCCUAGAAUGCUACCGUCUCCUGUCAGCCAUCCACGGCAAGCAGGAACACCAUGGAAAGGCUCUUCAGGCCAUAGACAAAGCUCUCCAGCUGAAGCCCAAGGACCCAAAGGUCCUAUCUGAACUUUUCUUCACAAAAGGAAACCAGCUAAGAGAACAGAACCUUCUCGACAAAGCUUUUGAGAGUUAUGAAGCUGCUGUGGCCCUGGAUCCUGACCAGGCGCAGGCCUGGAUGAACAUGGGCGGGAUCAGGCACAUCCAGGGAAGCUACGUGUCAGCGAGAACGUAUUACCAGAAAGCCUUGCGAUUGGUUCCAGACAGCAAGUUGCUGAAGGAAAAUCUUGCCAAGCUGGACCGCCUGGAGAGACGAUUACAGGAAAUCCGAGAAAGGGAUCAGACUUAG